CCAGAUCCUUUAUGAAUAAGGGCCAACAACCAGUGCUAUUCCCUGGCACCAAGCCUCUGUAUCAUUACAGCCUGAGACAUGGUAAAUUUCUUCUUUUCAAAAGGCAAAGCUGUGCACAUGGACUCCCCCAGCAUCUGUCUUCAUCAUCCUCAUUGAGGAAGAAAAUUGCUUUACAUUGGAAAUUUUUCAUUUCAAGUCCACUUUUCAUUGAGCACAUUUUUGCCUCCUUGUUGUACCACAAAGAAAAUCAUAGGAAAAGAACUACCUUUCAGUCUGAUGGCUAAAUUGGCCCUGCUGUUCAGCAGUGCUUUCCAAAACUCCGGUUUCCUCAAUGAGCAUCUCACCAGCGGUUUGAUAGAACAUUUCUAGAGCCGACCGGAUUUCUUCACACCGCACAGCAAGGCUUCCGUGCUCAACAUGCUGAUAAAAGAAUACCGUAUCCCUCUGCCCAUGAGUGUGGAGGAGUACCGCAUUGCACAGCUCUACAUGAUACAGAAGAAGAGCCGUGAGGAAACAUGCGGUGAGGGCAGUGGGGUGGAGAUCCUGGAGAACCGGCCCUACACAGACGGUCCUGGUGGCUCCGGACAGUACACUCACAAAGUCUACCACAUCGGCAUGCACAUCCCCAGCUGGUUCCGCUCCAUCCUUCCCAAGGCUGCUCUGAGAGUGGAGGAGGAGUCCUGGAAUGCCUAUCCCUACACCAGAACAAGGUAUACCUGCCCUUUUGUGGAGAAGUUCUCUAUCGAUAUUGAAACUUAUUACAAACCAGACCCCGGAGACCAGGUGGAUGUUUUCAACUUGUUGUCUGCAGAGAGGAGGCAGAGGGUUCUAGGAAGAUGGCUAAAAUUGAGGUUAAGAGGCCACUUCAUUAAGUGA